CAUAUAACCGCGGCGCUGCAGCACGCCUGCACUCAGCAACCGAGGCGCCACCAUGAAGACCGCAGCAGUUCUAGCAGUUCUCGCCGCAGCGCUGUGCGUCGCGCAGGUCGACUCUUCAGUGGAAGAUAUGUGGGAGAAGAUUGACCCUGAAAAGAAAAUGCGUAAAGCCAUGGAAGAGUGUCAGAAAGAACCCGAAAAGAAAGUUGAUUUGAAGGAGUGCGAAAAACAAUACGCAGCCAAUGAAGUUUCAGAAGACUGUAAGUGCCUUGCCAAAUGCGUGAUGGACAAACUUGAGUUGACUAAAGACGGUAAGAUUGCCCACGACGAAAUACAGAAACACAUCAAUGAAAAAGUCGAGGAUGAAAACACAAAGAACAUCGCUAACAAACUCCACGAGAAAUGUAAAGAUUCUGACAAGGGCGAGGGAGGCUGCGAGGGUCCGUACCGCUACACGCUCUGCAUCGUCGCCAACUGCAAGGCGGACAAGGAAUGUUACAAAGAAGAUAAAAAAGAGUGAAGAAAAUGUGAUUGAAAAUUUGAGAGCUGGGAAAGGUUGAACGCCAUUAAAUAAAUUGUGUAUUGUUUAUGAAAUAAAUAAUAUUUAAGGAA